CUCCGGGGGCCGUGCCCGCCGGGGAGGCUCCCCCGCCCGGGGCCCGCCCCGGCUCCGCGCUGAGGCGGCGGCGGAGCGCGGCGGGGCCGCCCGGCCAUGGAGCGCUACGAGAAGCUGGGCAAGGUCGGGGAGGGCUCCUACGGCGUCGUCUUCAAGUGCCGCAACAAGGACACGGGGCAGAUUGUGGCCAUCAAGAAGUUCCUGGAGUCCGAGGAGGACCCGGUGAUCCGGAAGAUCGCCCUGAGGGAGAUCCGCGUGCUCAAGCAACUCAAGCACCCCAACCUGGUGAGGCUGCUGGAGGUGUUCCGGAGGAAGCGGCGGCUGCACCUGGUGUUCGAGUACUGCGAGCACACCGUGCUGCAGGAGCUGCACAAGCACCCCCGCGGGGUGCCAGAGUACCUGGUGAAGAGCAUAACCUGGCAGACCCUGCAGGCUGUGAACUUCUGCCAUAAACACAAUUGCAUCCACCGGGAUGUGAAGCCAGAGAACAUCCUGAUAACAAAGCACUCGGUCAUCAAGCUCUGUGACUUCGGAUUUGCUCGCAUACUGACUGGUCCCAGUGACUACUACACGGACUACGUGGCCACCAGGUGGUACCGCUGCCCGGAGCUGCUGGUGGGGGACACCCAGUACGGCCCCGCCGUGGACGUGUGGGCCAUCGGCUGCGUGUUCGCCGAGCUGCUCUCGGGGCUGCCCCUGUGGCCGGGCAGGUCGGACGCGGACCAGCUGUACCUGAUCCGCAGGACCCUGGGGGAUCUCAUUCCCAGGCACCAGCAAGUGUUCAGCACCAACCAGUUCUUCAGUGGGGUAAGAAUUCCAGACCCAGAGAGCAUGGAGCCAUUGGAAGUGAAAUUCCCCAAUGUUUCAUACUCUGCACUGGCUCUCAUGAAGGGCUGCCUUCGGAUGGACCCUGCAGAGAGGCAGAGCUGUGAGCAGCUGCUGCAGCACCCCUAUUUUGACAGCUUCAGGGAGGCAGCAGAGCUGGGCAGAGAAGACGAGAAGGGCGCUCGCAGGCCAGCCAGGCUGCCUCGGAAGCACAUGCCAGGGUUACAGCACCUGCCUCAGCUGACCUGCAGCAAAGUUCUCCCAGCUUUGGACAGCAAGAAGAACUGCUGCAAAACAAGGAAAUCAAAGUACCACUUCCCAAACAUCUGACCAGGUGGCAGAUGAAAAUUCAGUUCUUCAGAGUCAUCCAGGAUCUAUAGAUGGAGGAUACACAGUGGAAAACUCAAUUACUAAAAGUUAUGGCAUGCACAGAGUGAUCUGUCCUCUACUCUGGGUCACUGUUGGAGAGGAAGUGAUGCAGAAAGAACUCCAAGCUCAUCUUAGUGUUCUGUGUACACAGGCAAAUGCAUUCUGCUUUAAUUCCUGACUGCCUCCUGGUUCAGGAUUACCCCAACCCAGUGCUCACAGUAUGAAAUUUAAAACUCUGUCCCUGCAUUUCAGAUUGGCAGGAGAACUCCACCUUGCCACAUAGACGGGUCCCUCCUGCUUUAGGCUGGGCUGAGCCCCUGCUGUGAAGGGCUGGCAGACUGUGCUGCAGCCCAGGCUGGGAGGGCUCAGCUCCAGAGCUGCCCCGGGCUCCACAGGCACCAGGAGAGCAGAGCAACAUCCCUGCUGUUUCUUUAGUCUUUCCAGAGCUUCUCCUGCAAGUUUCAUCCUUGAAUUCUGCUUCUGACAAGAGUGAGGGCACUCACUUGUAGUUACAAAAAUUAAAAACUAAUCAUGAAUAUAAUUUAUAACAAUGGCCAGACACAGGCAGGAAUUCUACCUAAGUGUUUGUAUUAGAACGACUGGGGUUUAUGGAAUCUCAGAAUAUUAUACAGUAAUGAUUUUGAAUAAAAGAAAUGUAGCUUUUUUUUUCCAAUUUA